CAUUCUCUCACUCCGCGCCCGCAGCAGCAGCAGCUCGAACAGCGGCUGCGGCAUCAGCCUUCGGACCGCGCGAGCUCGAGCACGGAUUCGUAGCCGAGAAGAGCUGGAGCAUUGCUGCGUUCGGAUCGUGUGCAUUGCGACGAGGAGGAGGACGAGGAGCUCGACGGGAGUGCAGAGGUGAAUGUGAAUUCGCAAACGACGGAGGAGACGCAGGCAGGAAUUCGAUGGCGGUGGUUUCUGUUCGAGUUGUGAAGGGCAAUGCAGGAUCUGGGAAGAUCCCGAGUGGCCACGGCAAAGAAGGGAGGGACACGUUCGAAAUGUCGAAGGAAAACCUGCUGAAUUGCAGCCCCUUCUCUUUGUUCGAGGCCCACGCCGGACGCGGUAGCACAGAAGGUGUUCGGAGUAAGGCCGGUGGAGAGGCGAAAGCGACUAGAAGUGCACUUCACCCGAGGAAGCGCUCGUUAUCGGAAUCUCGUCUCUCGGCUCCGCCUUCGACUACGCGCGGACGUGAGCUAAGCCCUCCGGAGUUAACAACUUCCGACAAUUUCAAGCCCGCCAAGAGAGUCCUCGGGCCGAAACCUGCACUUCAGGAGAAGAAGAAGCCAGGUCCAGUCAAAGUGGGCCUGCCUUCUUCAUCUCCUGCCGAUCCCAAUCCGGCUAAGACAGUGCCGAGGUUCUCAAUUCCCGUCGACACUCGCAACCCUGACUCGAGGUCACCUAAAGUAGGAGUGUCCACAAAUAGGAAUAACUCCUCCACGAGGAAGGCCCCCAUAACCGGAAGGAGGUCGAGUGUCGUGAGAGUUAGCAUUUCCAAAGAAAAGGGGGUUCUGUUGACCGCGAAAGACGCUGUGAAAGACAAUGUGAAGGACACCGUGAAAAAGGUCAUGGUUUUCUCGGCAAAGAAGUCUGACAGGCUGAGUUCUCCGACUGUUGCUCCAAAAGACGUUGAAAGAGUUCGAACGCGGGUAACGGAGAAGAGAGCAGCCUCUGCUGCCAAAUCCCCUGUUCCAUCUGGAAAACCUCCUUCCAGACCCGUGAAGCCUGAUGUUCUCGUCAAAGAUGAGCCUGCUGCCAAGAGCCGAGUUGAUGCUCGUCAAUCAAAUGCCGUCAAGGCAAUGGCCGACAGUAUUCGAUCGCGCAAGCUUUCCUCAGUAUUGCAAAACGAGCAACGGCUUCAGGAGCAGAACAAGCGUCUUGAACUGCAGCUAAGUCAACUUCAGGAGGAACUAGCUGAGAAGGACCAUGAGAUUGAAAGGUUAAGGAGUGCAGGCCGCCUAUUGAACGCCCAGAGCUACGAGGUUAGAGAUCUGAAAUUUAAGCUCAGAGAAACUUUCAACGAGAAUGCCGAAGUGCGGGACGUGUGUGAGAAGCUGGAAAAAGAACGGCAAGAGGCGCAUGCGGCUCGGAAGAAGGUAACAGACGAGGAGCAGAAUAGCAAAGCUCUGGAGGUGCAAUUGGCUCUACUCACGGAGCAGCUCCACAAUAUGGGCGUCGGCCUACCUAAGUCUAGCAACGAACUGCUAUUCUUCGAGCGAAAUGGAAGCACCGCCGAAGAUCAAAAUGUCGCUGGACUCCAGGUGGAAAGCGCUACGGUUGAAGAGCCUACAUUCGAAGUAUACAGCGAAGAUCAAACUGAUUUGAGCAGUAAAACUGAUGUUGACGACGCCGAGUCAGAAGGCCUCAGCGAAGGCGUUAGAGUACCGCAAUGGAGUGUCGCUAUUGAAGGAGUAACUAAGGAAGUGCCAGUGAGUACGCAACCUAAGGUCCUAUCUACAGGAGAAUUGCCACCUGAUUGCAAUCAUGAGGAACUAUUAGCUGCUAUUCGAGCAGUACGGGAUGUGCACGAUGCCGAGGACAACUCAUCAAGUGACUCAAUGAAGAAUGAACUCGAGGUCAUCGAAGACUUGCAAAAUGCACUGAAAAUCAUAAAUGACCUGCACCCUGAAGUAGAUACCCUCCUGAUCCAGUAAGUACGCAGAGUUGACGAUAGCUUUGAUUUGAUCUUGUGCACGAGCACCAAGCCGUUUGGUUUGACCGACCUCGACACUUUUGUACAGGAAGGGCCACUGAUUACAGUCCGCGAGGAUGUACAGUAUGCUCUUCAAGAUAUGCAGGAUAUUUGUGAAAAGAAACCAUGUGCGGCUGCUUUGUAAUAUUCUCAACAAAGCUCCUGCUUCCGUGCUGGACUAUGCAAAUUCUCGAGCUUAACUCCUUUUAAGUCUUAAUUGUUAGAGCUCUCUUCCAGAGACGACGGAUUUUCUCAGCUCAGAGUGUGGUUAACCCAUCUCUAGGUUUAGAACAUCCCUAGAUUUUUGGACGUGCCUGGAGCUAGUCAGAAUAUUCUUUUUAUUCACAAAUACAUAAAGGAUAUCUCCGUUUUUCCCUCUUAGUCCUUAUAUACUGAUUUUUUCCACAUUUUCACAUCUUUGCUGCUGGCAAUGUUUGACCAGCGAAGGUAUCUCAUGCUUAAUUUCAAAGUGGACUUUCAGAACUCAGGUGAUCUGUGUAGUAAAUCGGGUGGUUCGUUGUAUCAUUAGAAGCCUGACAUAAAGUAUUCAUUUAUUACAAAAUGAAUGUUGACUGUUUUUAGGUUGAAACUAUGUGAUCAGUAUUGGCUCCUCGCAGUUUUACGAAGUGCUUGGAGAAUUUUGGAACGACGACUUUUACAUACCAAGAUUUGCCCUUCCACAUGAUGUACAUGAUUUUAGAUGUUGAAUCUGCACUUCGAAUAUAAGCGAGUUUGAUAAUAUUCUUUGGUGCCUGCA